AUGGCUGGCUUUUACCGUGAGAAGGGGUUUCUGAACGAGCCCGUUGUAUUCACUCCCGUGCCACCGUUUGAGGUUCGGUGGCGCCAAAACAGUCGUUGUUUCGACCUCUGGUUCCCGUGCAUCUCGCCCACGGACAGCGAGGACGACUAUGCCGUUCGGUUCAUGCCACAGGAGCUUACCAUCACGUACAACGGCAAGGCUGUGUCUCGUGCAUUGCGCGGCAAGGUCGAUGUGGAUGGCUGCUUUUGGUCGUUGGAGGAGAUGUCGGGGCGCGGGAAAGUGGUGAGUAUCGUGCUUCUGAAGAGCGCUCCCCGCCAUUCGGGAACGUGGCAACACCUGUUCCGCGGCACAUGUCCCUCACAGCCCCCAGCCUGA